GCAAGACGGGCGUUGUGAAUACAUUUACGAACAAAGUUAGGUAUUUCUGUAUUCAAUUUUUAAUGGUUAACGAACUUAUAGCUAUGUACACAUUAAUAACAUGGCAAAAUAGUCAUUUAAAUAAUACUUCAGUUGACUUUGGGGGCCCCAAUUAGUUGACGUAGUUGACUAGCCAUAGUAGUUGCCGUAGCCGGGUCCAAAGCCGCCACCACCAAAUUGGGCACCUGGAUAGUAGCCGGAGUAGCCACCGAGUCCACCGCCGUAUCCAUAGCCUGGGUAACCACCGGGAUAGCCGCCGCCGUAUGAUGGCACUAGCGGAGGUGCUGGAUAAGCCUGUCCCAAAGGUUGACGUCCACCACCGAGUAGGCCACCCAAAAGAUUGCUAAACAAGCCACCACCGCCACCUCCACCUAGCAGGCCAUUCAAGCCAAUAAUACGAUUACUGACACCACCAGCUGGAGCUCCUGAUGCAGAAGAUACACCAGAGGCCCCUGCGGCGCCAGUGGCACCUGAGUUUGGAUAUUGGUAUUGGGCAUAGCAACUGCCGAGGAGUGCUAGCACCAAGAGCUGUUGGAAUAGAAUUGUGAAUUUUGUGACAGAUUAUUGGCAAAAAGAUUUACUUACGGAACUGCUAAUCUUCAACAUGUCUGGAUAUUGUCUCUUACUUGACUGUUUGACUAACUCCAAGAUGCUUCAGUUUUUAUAAGACAAUCACAGAAUAAACGCCCACAUAGGCCGGAACUGUGGAUUUGUGUGACGACCUUAACCCCAUGAUUUGAACGCUAUCAAUGCUUUUCACAUGAUUUGCUAACAUUUUCGCAAUAGUUGCUUAUACUAAAUAAGUCACAUUAAUAUUUAUGUCUUGGCUAUAAAACAAGUUCUUCUCGUUAUAACGUUAGUUUCUGAGUUCUUUGAACUCGUUGAUAAGGAAGUACAGGAAAUCUUCGAGAAUACUAUAAAAGUGACGACUCGCAUCAACUGCGGGUUAGAAGUUGUCUACAUCAUGGGACCAAACAGAAGAAUUAUCUCGAUGUUACUGCUGUGCGUGGCACUGGAGUCCAGCCAAGCUCAUGGUUUUGGUGGCCACAAAUUGGGAGGAGGCUUUGGUGUCGGCUAUCCCGUGGCAUAUCCUGUGGCACAGCCAGUUCCAGUUCCGCAGCCAAUUCCAGUGCCUCAGCCCGUGCCCGUUCCAGUCGCAGUGCCACAGCCGAUUCCGGUUCCAUAUCCAGUUGGCAAGCCAUUUAAACACGGUUGGAAAGGCGGAUUCGGAAGCGGUGGAUUUGGUGGACUAGGUGGAUAUGGAUAUGGCGGAUAUGGCGGAUUCGGUGGAUAUGAAAGCUAUUCCUCAUAUAGCGGUGGAUCAUACGGCGGCUUUGGAGGGGGUUUUGGAGGCGGCUUCAUAAGAAGACGUUAGAUCUUUGUUAUUUAUAAAUUAGUGCAUUUAAGCUUAUUACUGUACUGUUACUUAGGUCUGCAACAUAUUUACAUAAACUA